GGUUUCUCCGACUGUGACUCAAGUGCACCAGUGCCUUCUCUCCUCCGAAGCUUUGGACCUGCUGGACCCUAUAUGUUGCGCCCCAUCUCCGACUAGCCACAUUCCUGCCUCUUGCAGGCCAGGCUCUGCCUAGAGCCCCUUCCUGGGUGGCGCUUCUCCUGGUGCUCCGGCUCUUGCUCCUCAGGGCCCGGCUCUGCCUCCCACGAAAUGUACUUCCUAGGCACCCGCAUGGUGUUGGUUUCGUAGGGUCCCUUGUGCUUCCCCCGGAUGGGCGGUUCCCAAGAUAGAGCCAGGUCAGUCCGAUUGGUACCCAUAGCCCAGUGACAGAAUGCGGGACUAUCUAGAUCAAUUAUUUUUGGCCAAUCAAAGGUAGGAGUGAAACAGUCUCUAAGGAGGAGGCGCAGAGUUUCCUGAUAGAUAACCGUCUCCUGGAGAAGGCUGAGCUGCUGGCCCCGUUCUCGGAUAAACUGCACCCAGAGCCAAACGAUGUCACUCCUGCCACCCACCAGGGCCCCUGAAAGGGUCUUGCUACCUAUUCCAAAGAGGGAGUGAAGGGAGGAGGAGUUGGGGUCUGACUCCGACCAAGUCCCGUCACCAGCCACUCUGAGGGUGAAAUGGCAAGAGAAGAAGGAGGGGCUCCAGCUGGUCUGUGGUGAGAUGGCCUACCAGGUGGUGGAAAAGAGCGCAGCCCUGGGCACCCUGGAAUCCGAACUAGAGGAGCGACGCAGCAGGCUGGCGGCUCUGGAAUCUAAGGUGGCGCAGCUACGGGAGGCGCGGGCGCAGCAGAGCCGGCAGGUGGAAGCGCAGGGGGCCCGGAACGCAGCGCAGCGGCUGGCGUACGAGGCACUGCGCGCGCACCUGGGAUUCCAGGAGGCGGCCCUGCGCAGGCUGGAGGAGGAGGCGCGCGACCUGCUGGAGCGGCUGGUGCAGCGCAAGGUCCGCGCGGCUGCCGAGCGCAAUUUACGCAACGAGCGCCGCGAGAGGGCCAAACAGGCACGGGUGUCCCAGGAGCUAAGGAAGGCUGCCAAGCGGACAGUGAGCAUCUGCGAGAGCCCAGACGCCCUAGGCACCGGGAUCAAGGAGAAGGCUGAGGUGACGCUGACACUGCCUGCUGAGCCGGAAUUUCUAGCGAGCGAGGCUGGUGAGAAGUGGAAGAGGCCUUUUAGGUCUGCCUCUGCCACCUCCCUGACUCUGUCUCACUGUGUGGAUGUGGUGAAGGGGCUUCUGGAUUUUAAGAAGAGGAGAGGACACUCAAUUGGGGGAGUCCCUGAGCAGCGAUACCAGAGCAUCCCUGUGUGCGUGGCUGCCCGACUUCCCACCCGGGCUCAGGAUGUGCUGGAAGCCCACCUUUCUGAGGUCAAUGCAGUUUGUUUUGGUCCCAAUAGCAGCCUCCUGGCCACUGCGGGGACUGACCGCCUCAUCCACCUCUGGAACGUCGUGGGAGAUCGUCUGGAGGCCAACCAAACCCUUGAAGGAGCUGGCGGAAGUGUCACCAGUGUGGACUUUGACCCCUCGGGCUCCCAGGUGUUGGCAGCCACGUACAACCAGUCCGCUCAGCUCUGGAAGGUGGGAGAGGCCAUGUCCAAGGAGACAUUGUCUGGACACACAGACAAGGUGACAGCUGCCAAAUUCAAGCUAACGAGGCACCAGGCAGUGACUGGGAGUCGGGACCGGACGGUGAAGGAGUGGGACCUCGGUCGUGCCUACUGCUCCAGGACCAUCAAUGUCCUCUCCUACUGUAAUGACGUGGUAUGUGGGGACCAUGUCAUCAUCAGUGGCCACAAUGACCAGAAGAUCCGGUUCUGGGACAGCAGGGCCCCCCGCUGCACACAGGUCAUCCCCGUGCAGGGCCGGGUCACCUCCCUGAGCCUCAGCCACGAUCACCUGCAUCUCCUCAGCUGUUCCCGGGACAACACACUCAAGGUCAUCGACCUGCGUGUCAGCAAUGUCCGCCAGGUGUUCAGUGCUGAUGGCUUCAAGUGCGGUUCUGAUUGGACCAGAGCUGUGUUCAGCCCAGACAAAAGCUACGCGUUGGCAGGUUCCUGGGACGGAGCCCUUUAUAUGUGGGACGUGGACACUGGGAAAUUGGAGAGUAGCCUACGUGGACCCCACAGCCUGGCCCUCCCUCCCUCAGCACUGCUGUCAACGCCGUGGCCUGGUGCUACUCUGGGAGCCACGUGGCGAGCGUGGACCAGGCCAGGAAGGUCGUGCUCUGGCACUAGUGCCGGGACCUCCCCUGCCUGGGCUGGAGCUUGAGUCCGAAGGCUGGAGCCAGAGAACAGCUUCCCAGUGGGCCCCAGGGAGGCGUGGGCGGGGUGGGGUGGCUCAGGGCCUCCAGUGGGGAAGAAGGCCAGCGGGACCUGGCCUGUUUAAAAACAAAGUGUGGGUUGGGGGGACAGAUUACAGUACUUUUUGUUUAUCUCCGUCUCCUCACUUUCUGUGCCAAAAUGGAAAAAAAAUGCAUCUAAACUGGCGUCUGC